AAUUUCCUUUUGCGGUGUGGAUCACUCCUCUCAUUAUAUGGGUGUUACCAGUAUCACCUAAUAAGCAGCAGAGAUUUAAAUGUUUGUCAUUUCGGGAGAGAUGUGGUUCGAGCGUGGAUCAUCCGUUCCUCUCACAUACAGCGAAAGGACACAUAUACACAAAACAAGAAGUGGCUCGGGUUCCCAAGAAGAAAAUUGUGUUUUUCAAGCUGCAACCGUUUGUAGUUAUGUCUUUGAAGUCCUCUUUCAGAUGAAUGCUGGGGCAGUUAUGCCCACAGAUAGUGUUUAUUGGUUCAUUAUCUUUCCAUUUCUCACCCUCAACGAUUACAAUCUCAAUGUUAUGACUGUGAAACAUGCAUACACUCAAUGCAGUUUUACUCCUUGGUGAUACAGCAUUGAAUUGCUUGCGGGUCCCCUUUUACCGGAUUUCUUUCUUUCUUCUAUGGACUGGUGUUUUCGUCAUUUUCCAGUGGAUCAUUCGUGCUUUUGUCUCAAAUCGGUGGCCAUACCCAUUUCUUGACUUGUCAUCACCAUAUGCUCCAAUAUGGUGCUUAUUGAUGGCACUGAUGCAUCUUCCAUACUACGGCAUCUUCGCAUUAAUUGUGAAAGUACAGCUCUAUUUGUUGUCAAAAUUGUUUUGCUCUCUCUUAUCGGUGUUAAAGAUGGGGAAGUAUAUCAACUUGACUCCCUGUGAAGCCAAACAGAUUUUAAGGCUGCACCAGAGUUCCAUUCAAGUUCUCCCUGUGGAUACUUGAACGUGUUACACACCUGGUGCUCUCCUUCAAGAAUGAUGCAGGACGAAAAAUGGCAAGGGACAGCAGUAGGUUAUAUUUUUUAUUUUUUUUCCUUUUCCGGGUUCAGAUAUAUAAUGCAAUUUACAACAGAUGAAACAUUUUUAGACUGAUCUGCCGAGAAAGUAAGUAGGUAAAGGUCGGAACUGUAAAAUUUUACCAUAUAUUAGGUUUACUUGAAACUUAAACAUUUUCUGAAUG